CCACGGAGCUGGGAGUUGGACCUUAGGCCCCGCUCUGUGGGUAGAAAACAUAGCAUUACCGCGGAGCUGACCGGAACUACGAUCCCGGAAUGAUUACCCCAUUCCGGUUCCGUCCAACCCGUACAAGGGACAUGGCAACGUACAUCCGGACCAUUCAUAUUGGUGAACCUUCGUCUGCAAGUCGACUUAGCAAAUUCAACACGCUUCUUCAAUCUUUUUCAAAUCCUGCGUGUCAUGGAUACAAAAGUCGAUGUCUUCAUCUGCGGCAGUGGGUCUGCAGGAUUGUGUGCCGCAACGUGGCUAGCAAAAUGCGGUCUCACUUGCAAGAUCGUAGAUUCCCGCGCCGGGCCUAUGGAGAUCGGCCAAGCAGAUGGGGUGCAGUGCCGGACUGUAGAGGUUUUUGAUAGUUUUGGCAUCGCCGAAGAUUUGCUGCGUGAAUCCUAUCAUGUCAUCGAGGUUGCAUUUUGGGCUUCUAGUGAGCAUGGUGGUAUUGAGAGGAAGUCUCAAGUUGCAGAUACUGCCCCAGGUCUCUCCCGUAUGCCACACGUCAUCCUAAACCAAGCGAGGGUUAACCAGUUAUUACUCGAUGCUAUGAGAAAGUUUAACGGGCAAAAAGUUGACUAUGGAUAUCGGGUCGAGAAUGUCAAAGUGGAUAGCGCUGCAGUUUCGGACCCAGAAGCCUACUGUGUAACGAUAAAGACUAUGAGGAAUGGCAAGGAGGAGGUUUUUAAGGCGAAGUAUGCGUUGGGGUGCGAUGGAGCGCACAGCUCGGUCCGGAGGUCACUCGGUUUCAAGAUGAUAGGAGACAGCACCAACUCAGUCUGGGGGGUUAUGGAUGUAUAUCCACGGACUAAUUUUCCAGACAUCAGAAAGAAAUGUGUACUGCAAACCACCGCAGGAAGCCUAUUGAUCAUCCCCCGUGAAGGAGGUUCAUUGGUUCGGUUUUAUACUGAAUUACCUAGUGGAACUGUCGCGAAAGAUGUCACUGUCGAACAGUUGCAUUAUGCGGCUCGUCGCAUCUUUCAUCCUUACAACCUCGAUAUCGCAGAAACAUUUUGGUGGUCGGCUUACUCCAUUGGACAGCGGCUUGCCGACCACUUUUCGAAAGAUAACCGCGUUUUUCUUACUGGUGAUUCGUGCCAUACUCAUUCGCCAAAGGCCGGUCAAGGAAUGAAUGUUAGCCUGCAAGAUGGGUAUAACAUAGGAUGGAAGCUAGCGGCAGUUUUGAAAGGACAAGUUGGUUCUAAUCUUUUGAAGACAUAUAACCUAGAGCGAGAGAAGGUCGCAGCAGAUCUCAUCAACUUUGACCGGGAGUUUGCCAGGGCGUUUUCAUCCAAGGCUGGCACCGAUUCGAAUGGAGUGUCGGAGAAUUUCAGUGAGUUAUUUGUUAAGGCGGGUAAAUACACUGCUGGGUUGACCGCUAAGUAUGACGAUUCCCCCAUUACUCGUUCUGAAUGGAGCUGUCAACGUCUUGCAACCAAUCUGGUGGUUGGAAUGCGUUUCCCAAGUGCUCAAGUUGUGCGUCUGUGCGACUCAAAAGCAAUGCACCUUGCAACAGCACUGCCAGCGGAUGGUCGGUGGCGCAUUGUUAUUUUUGCUGGCGACAUCCAAAAUGAAUAUGCCAGCACUCGCCUCAAAAAGCUUAGCGAUUUUCUAUCGUCAGCAGACGGUCCUGUACAGCAAUUCACGCCUGCCUCUCUCGACAUAGAUAGCUUUAUUGAACCAAUACUUAUACUUUCCCGAGGCGAGGCGCGCAUAGAGCAAGAGCAAAUACCAGCUUAUUUUUGGCCAGAAUCCGGAAACUGGCAGAUUCGGGAUUUACACAAGACGUUCAUUGACCAUGAAAGCUAUAAUAGUGGACAUGGAAAGGCAUAUGAAUUAUAUGGGAUAGAUACAGAGCAAGGAGCAGUUGCGAUUGUGAGGCCUGACCAGUAUAUCUCUAUGGUUGUUGACAUAGAUAACCACAAAUCUAUCAAGAAUUUUUUCACUGGGUUCUGUAUACCAAGAGCUGAUAGAAGACUUCUAGAGUCUAAUGUAUAG